AUGCUCUUUCAGCAACUUCAGAAACGAAACAUUGACCCCAUCUUCAUCAAAGCUGCCAUCUGUAAUUUUGCCGACAGCAUCAUAAACAUCAGGUCUUCCAUAAUCACUGUGCAAGAGGAGAUUCCAGCUGCCAAGCGACAGGGGACACUGGGGCCCGCAGAAAGACAUCGGAUUGCUAUUGAGGUGUGUGAUACCAUCUGGGCUCAAACAAAGGAACACUUUGCGUUUACUGGGCACCUUGUGAGUUCAACACUGCUGCAUGGAGAGCUGUUCUCACAACAUUCUACAACCUUUCCAAGUGCUGCUUUGAAUGCCACCGUGGAGGCCUAUCCAAUGCUGAACAAGGCUAGACUGAAGACGGAACUAUCCUUGGUCUAUGAAAACCCGGUGUUUGAAAAGUGUAGUGGCACAAAGCAUCUCCUCUACUCCUCCAAUCACAGCAGCAUCUCCUCUACUCCUCCAAUCACAGCAGCAUCUCCUCUGCUCCUCCAGAGACACAGCAGCAUCUCCUCUGCUCCUCCAGAGACACAGCAGCAUCUCCUCUGCUCCUCCAACAGCAGCAUCUCCUCUGCUCCUCCAGAGACACAGCAGCAUCUCCUCUGCUCCUCCAGAGACACAGCAGCAUCUCCUCUGCUCCUCCAGAGACACAGCAGCAUCUCCUCUGCUCCUCCAGAGACACAGCAGCAUCUCCCCUGCUCCUCCACGUACAGCAGCAUCUACUCUGCUCCUCCAGAGACACAACAGCAUCUUUGUAUAGCAUUUUUUGAGUUUCUCACGUUCCAAUUAAUGUACAGUCUUCUCCCUCUAGUGGUCACUAUGUAA